AUGGAUGAGGCAAUAGAUCAUAGAGAUCAAGCAGUUGAUGGAUUGCAUACGGUUCCAGUCAGUGAAGAUCUUGUUGCUGAUUCAUCAAGUUUAGAUCCAAUAGAGUUAGACAUUGAUGGUUCUUCUUCAAUUCCAGUUUAUGAGCUGUAUAACAAUUAUGCAUAUAGAGUUGGUUUUAGUGUGAGGAAGGGUAAUCAACGUUGCAAGGUAUACAGUAAAACAGUUCAAAUGAAGAUGUUUAUGUGUUCUAAAGCUGGUUUUAAGUUUAAGGCAAACACUGGUGUUAAGGCCUAUUCAAAAAUUGACAUAAGGACAGGGUGUGGUGCAUGUGUUCAGUUUGACGUGGGUAAGGAUGGGUUGUGGACGGUUACAAAACACAUAAAAGUGCACAACCAUGAGUUAUGUGCGGUAGACAAGAGUCAUCUACUUCGUUCACAUAGAAAUGUUGGAGAUAAUCAGCUGUUAUAUUUAAAAGAUUUGAAGAAGAUUGGCGUUGCAAUGGCAGAUGGUAUUAGGUUUUUGAAACAUCAAGCAGGGGGGUCUCCAUUAAUUGGUUUCACUAACCGAGAUGCUUAUAAUUCGAUUGCUUCUGAUACAUUGAAGCGUUUGGAUGGAACAGAUUCGAACUCAUUAAUUGAAAUAUUUAGGAAGAGGCAGUCUAUUGAGUCUGAUUUUUUCUUCGAUUUUGAAGUUGAUUGCGAUUUAAGAUUGUGCAAUACUGAAGCUGGGUUUGAAUUUUAUUGGACAAGGCUGGUGGCUGACUAUAAGUGUCCGAAGAAUACUUGGAUACAAAAGCUUUAUGACUAUAGGGAGAAGUGGUGUCCAACAUUUAACAAGGAUUAUUUUUCAGGGGGCAUUUUAUCGUCGCAAAGGAGUGAAACUACAAAUCAUUCGAUUUCGAGAAGGCUGUCUAAGACUGCUGGUCUUUGUGAUUUCUAUUCAUCAUUUGUUAGUGUAAUUUCUGAAUGGAGAAGUAAAGAGAAUGGUGAAGAUUUUCGUUGUGCUCAAGGGGUACCCACUAUGAUGAUGGAGCACGUGAGACUUCUUUUACAUGCUAGAGAUGUAUAUACCAUUGAGAUAUAUUAUUUGUUUGAGGAACAAUUUAUGAAAGGCAAUGUUUGUCAUCAAGAAAUGGUGUUGAAUGAUGGUUUUCACCUCAAGUAUCAUGUACGGCGUCCAGAUAUAGAAAUUAUAAGGCACGAAGUUAGUUUUAAGCUGGCCAACUUGGACAUCUCUUGUGGUUGCAAGUUGAUUUCUGAGUUGGGAAUUUUAUGCUGCCAUUGCCUACGUAUUCUUCAUGUACAUUGUGUUUCUAGUAUCCCUGAUAAAUAUAUCAUGAAAAUGUGGACUAAAAAGGUGGCUGAUGGUAGAAAUAUGAAUAUUGGUCCAAUGUUUUAUAAAGUUGGUGUUCCUCCUUCAAUUUGGGUUGUUGAGAUUAGUAGAAAAUUUCAAAGAUUGAUUGCAUCUAGUCAAGCAAACAGUGUAACUAGGCAGUUCUGUGAUGAAGCAGUUGAGGAUGCAAAGAAAAAGGUUGAAGCUGAGAUUGGCUAUGUGCAUAUUGGAGUGUGGUGUUUCAUCUUCAAGUGGUGUCGUUCAAAAUCCUUCAAACCGGAGAUCAAAAGUCGUUGGUUGUGGAAAGUCUAUCCAAGAUUGCCGGAGAUGGGUACCUUGUACAUCCAAGUUCUGGGAGUUCAGAGUUAUCAGUUUAGUAAUGAUUUAGAUGAUAAUGCAGUUGUAGAUUGA